CAUGACCCAGGGCAGUCCAGAAUCUUCCGGUCAGGCAAAAUGGGCACAGUGGUGUCUGUCCUGCUGUCCCUGCUACUCCUUCUGGGUCCCGCAGUCCCUCAGGAGACCCAAGCUGGGCCUUACUCUCUGAGCUUCUUCUACACUGGGCUGUCCAAGCCCAGGGACGGCUUCCUCAGCUUCCAGGCCACGGCCUACCUCAAUGACCGGGAUUUCUUUCACUAUGACAGUGAAGAUAGGAAGGCCAUACCCUCGUACCCCUGGAGCCAGAUGGAAGGAAUAGAGGACUGGGAGAACGAGAGUGAACUUCAGAAGGCCAGGGAGGACAUCUUCAUGGUGACCCUGAAGGACAUCAUGGACUAUUACAAGGAUACAGAAGGGGCUCACACCUUUCAGGGAAUGUUUGGCUGUGAGCUCCGGAAUAACAAAAGCAGUGGAGCAUUCUGGAGGUACGCCUACGAUGGAAGGAACUUCAUCGAGUUCAACAAAGAAAUCCCAGCCUGGGUCCCCCAGGACCCAGCAGCUCUGAACACCAAGCAGAAGUGGGAGGCGGAAAAGGUCUACGUGCUGCGGGCCAAGGCCUAUCUGGAGGAGGAGUGCCCAGCAAUGCUGCGGAGUUACCUGCAGUACAGCAAGAUCCACCUGGACCGACAAGAUCCCCCCACUGUGUCCAUCACCAGCCACUGGACCCCAGCAGAAACUCAGACACUCAAGUGCCGAGCCGAUGGCUUCUACCCACGAGAAAUUGAGCUGCACUGGAUUCAGGGGGACGAUACACAGGAGGCUGAGGGGGGAGACGUUGUUCCCAGCGGAAACAGCACUUACCAGUCCUGGGUGGUGAUGUCAGUUUCCCCGCAGGACAGAGCCUCCCGCUCCGGCUCCGACUCCUACUCCUGCCGCGUGAAGCACAGCAGCCUGGCCCAGCCCCUCACUGUGCUGUGGGCGGGAGCGAGGGCUGAAGGCUCCGAGGGCACCCGGGGGCAGUAGCCAGCCCUCCUGCGGGACAGGAGAGACGAGCUCUAGAGGCCAGGGGUCAGGUGGUGGACUCAGGGACACAGAAGCCUAGAAUGCCGGCCACGGAGCUGACUCACGGCUCAGUUGUCUUGCAAAACCCCAUUAAUCUAAUCUGUGAAUCAAAUUAACAGUAAUCACCUUGCCUAGCACACAAUGUAGAAAAGUAUUUUUUUA